CUGCGGCGGCUCCCGUUGCCCGCCAGGGACGCGCCCGGAGUACCCUAACCCCAACCCUUCCCUCCGGCUGGAGGGGCCUGCCUGCGGGAGAGCGCCGAGGAUGGGGUCGACGGUGCCCUCGCUCUUCCGGGAAGCCAACCGGGAGUUCGAGCUGGAGGAGCCCGCGCCCCCCGCCUCCCCGGGCCUGGGGACUUCGCGACGGAGGCGGCCGCGCCCAGAGGCCCCGAUGAGGGCGAAUGUCUGUGUAGCCGCGCCCGCCAGCCGCCGGUGUCCGGAGCCGGAGGGGGCCCCGGGGGCCCAAGUGGCCCUGGCGAAGGAGAUGAAGCGCCUGAUGGGGGAGUUCGGCGUGGACCUGGCCACGGUCACCCAGGCCUUCCUGAAGAACAGCGGAGAAGUGGCCGCCGUGGCCAGCUACCUGCGGACCGGGCGCCGUCCGGACGGGCGGCCUCUUUGGAGCAGGCGGGACGACGAGGACUUGCUGGAAUGCCCAGAGGGAGCCCGGAGUCCCUUAGAAGCGAAAUACGGAGCAGAAAAUGUAAAAAAGCGGCUGUUGUUCAGGGGAAGUUUGUGCCGGAAGUGAGAUUCAAAGCUGCUGCAGGAGGGACAAUUGUCUUUUUCUUUUUUGCAAUGUUUAUUUCUAUAGUAAACUGUUUACUGUGAAUUAGGAUUGCAGUUGUUCUUGAAUGGUCAAUGUGGAUCUGACAAUAAAGUUGUACAGAAAGUA